UUAAUAAAAAUCGGAGCACAAGAUUAUCUCGAUAGUUAAACUGUUUCUUGAAUCUCACGAACCCUAGGCUGGAUUUCAUCUUCUUUAACCUUUUCUUUCUCUGUGUUUACCUGCAUCAGUGAUUCAUAUAGGCUUAAAGCAUGGAUUCUGCUAAAGCAAGAUUUCGGAGGUUGAUUUUGAUUUGAACUGGACAACCGAUCAGUCUAUGCUAUGAGGCUGCAUUUUGUAGAUUUCCACUGAAGGCAGGGGCAGGAUCAACAUUGAUUUUAAAGAAACCCUAUGCUGGAGGUAUUCACCUAAGAUAAUUCUUUGAGGACUUUUAAAAUUUGAAGCUUGAAACUUGAUCUAGCCACGCUCAGUAUAAUUCACAGCCCACUCGGGAAUGUUGCUUAUAGUAAAAAUGAUUUCUGUUGGUCAAUGUAACCCAAAUGAUAUUGAGAACAAUUAGAAUCUUGAAGCAUUUAGCCAAGUCAAGAAGCUACAAUAUUAAAGGGAGAGGAUAAAAUUGCAGUGAAAAGAGUGGUAAAAUUGAUGGUGGAUAAACAAUUGAAAAUCUAGCCAUUGGCAGUCAUAUUAUGAAGAUGGGGGUCUUAACAGAUCUGGAUGAGGCAAAUUUGUUUGAUGUUGCUGUUGAAGUGGGCCCACAUGUUAUCAUGGACGAAGAAGAAAUUUCUGAUGAUGUCAGUGCUGAUUCAACUGAUUCGGUUAUGGAGUUCGAUGUCUUUGAUCUAGUAUGGAGCAAGAUACCGAGCCAUCCCUGGUGGCCUGGGCAAAUAUGUGAUCCGGCAGCUUCAUCAAUAAAAGCCAUGAAAUAUUUUAGAACAGGCAAAUAUCUGAUAGCAUUUUUUGGGGAUCAUACAUUUGCAUGGAAAGAAGCAGCGAUGAUAAAACCAUUUCAGGAAUAUUUUUUGGAGUUGCAGAAUCAGAACAAAUUGGAAAGUUUUCGUCAGGCAAUUGAUUGUGCUUUGGAAGAGUUCUCCAGGCAAGUUGAGUUUAGCCUUGCCUGCUCUUGUUUAUCAGAAGAAGUGUAUUCCAAGCUCCAAACUCAAACACUUACUAAUGCAGGAACCCCCAAGAUGUUGAGUAAAAGAGUGGGCGGGGACAGCUUUCUUACUGCAGCAUCUUUUGAUCCAAUGAAGCUUAUUAACAUUGUUAAGGAAUUAGCCAUGUCACCUUUUGGUGAAGCUGAUAAGUUAGAACUAGUUCGUGCACGUGCUCAGUUGUUGGCAUUCAAUCGGUGGAAGGGCUAUGGUAAACUGCCCAAGUUUGAUAAACACAAUGUAGUGUUCAACGAUAUUGAUCACAUUUUAGAUGUGAAAAACGACUAUCAAAGUGAAUCAAUGGAGGAUAUAGGUAUAUACAUCAAACAUGAUGAAGCGGCCUUAAGUGGGGAAUUGAAAACUCAAGACAACUCCGUUGGCAAGUGCAUAGAUAAUUCUGAACAUUUAAAAGACUCUAGUACGAAGGGAACUUUUUUUCUGAAUUCAAUGGCCAAGGAGCCUGGUCGCAGCUGGAAGAAAAAACAUAGAUCUGAAGAGAAUGAUGGCUAUGAAUUGAACUUGCAUGCUUCAAGUACAAAAGAUGAGGUAUGUACUGGUAUCAACAUUCCAAUAGCUCUUGUUGAUUUUAGGAAGACUGGCCAAACCUUUAAAGUUGGAGAUUCCAUUCAAAAGGUUGCUGAAUUGAAUGAGUUGAAUCCAAUAUUGAAGCACGAGGAUGGAAUAUCUCUAAAAGUUGUUUCCAAGACGAGACAAGGCAGAAAGCGCAGAAAGGAGACGUCAGAACUAGUUUCUGGUGGGAACCCUGGAAAUAAGUUGACUAAGACAAAGAAAAGAAUAAACAUUUCAGCCUCAGUAAAAACAUCUGAGUCUGAAUUUAUUAAGGACACUUAUUGGACUGAUAGAUUAAUCCAGGGCAUAGCUGAUGAUCGAGUAUAUUUUGAAAAUCAAAAUGAAAAUAUGGAGUCCCACUUUCAGACUCCAAGUGAAAGGGUUAUCCAUACUGGUGUGAAUUCAACCAAUCAAGAUGAGCCUCAUGAACGUAUGGAACCAGCCUCGGAGAAUAGUGUGGAGGAUCCCUAUCCCACAGCUCUGAUUUUAACCUUUACAGACUUCGAUUCCAUUCCUUCAGAACCAAACUUGAAUGAUAUAUUUAGAAAAUAUGGCCCUCUGUACGAGUCGAAAACUGAAGUAAUGAAAAAAAGUAGACGAGCCAAAGUAGUUUUCAAGCGAACUGCUGAUGCUGAAACAGCUUUCAGCAGUACUGGGAAAUAUAGCAUUUUUGGAACUGCACUUGUAGGUUACCGCCUUAAGUUCUUGCCUCCAACCAAAGUUUCUCUGCGUCGGAGGGGGAGACCCAGAAAAGAGGCAAAUCUAAAAAAUGAACUGCUACUUGAUGCCACAGAUUUCUGCUCAAACGUUAGCUUGGAGGCUGAUUUAGCUUUGAACAAAGCAACCGAUCGGUCUGCACGCUAUGGAGGUAAGAUUUAUGAGUUUUGUUCUCGAAUCUCGCCUGAAAUGAAUUGUAUAGUCACUGUUCUUGAGUUAUGGUGGCUUGCUUCAAGGCAAGCCACUCAAGCGACUCCCUCCUAUAGCUUUAUUCUUUACAAAAUUAUAAACAAAAGGUUAAAAGAGACAGCAUAGAUUGUUGGUGGCUCCAAAACUCUCUUGUUUUAAUAUAUACAUUAAAAGAAAACGCCUGUUGUUUCAUGUCCAA